UUCUGUGUCCCUCAGGUCUUCCUGGUCCUCACGGCUCAGCUUCUGGUCACGUUUGCAUUUGUGGCCGUCUUUACGUUUGUGAAGGAAGUCCGGGAAUAUGUGCAGAGGAACACAUGGACCUAUUACCUGUCCUAUGCCAUCUUCUUCUGCUCUCUCAUCACUCUCAGCUGCUGUGGCAACUUCCGGCGCCGACACCCCUGGAAUCUGGUGGCCUUGUCCAUCCUGACCCUCAGCCUCUCUUACAUGGUUGGAAUGAUCGCCAGUUUUUAUGAUACAGAAGCCGUAAUAAUGGCAAUCGGGAUCACAGCCGCCGUCUGCUUCACCGUCGUCCUCUUCUCAAUGCAGACAAAAUAUGACUUCACUUCCUGUAUGGGCGUCCUCAUGGUCAGCCUGGUGGUCCUCAUCGUCUUCUCCAUCCUCUGCAUCUUCAUCCGUAACAAGAUCCUGCAGAUAGUGUAUGCCGCGCUGGGGGCCCUUCUCUUCACAUGU